CAAGUACAACGUUUCGGUUCGGAUUUCCUGUUUUUAAUUUUUGUGAUUAAUAAUAUUUUGUUAAUUGAAACAAAAUGUUCAAUGGCUAUAAUAAACAUUCUAUGAAACCAAAAACGGUUUUUCUCGAUGUCAAACCUUCGUUCGUUAAUCCUACUGUGAAAAGAUUUAGUGGACUACCAACUCGUAAGGAUAGCAUCGCACUAUAUGGGACUGAUACACGUCCUUCUUUGUCAUCAGUAACCUCAUUGGAAAAUUAUCAAAAAGAUGUUCUCUUCAGCAACAUUGGAUCAUCAUACAUUUUUAUGCGUUGUCUUGGAGCAAUGCCAAUAACAAGACGAUCGCCAGGAAAUGCUGAAUUUUCAAUGGCAUCGAUUGCUUAUGCAUACUCAGUUCUAUUUUUUGUCAUAUUAAUUAUUUAUGUUGGCUAUGUUGCUGACAAUCGCAUACAAAUUGUUUCAUCUCUAAAAGGGCCAUUUGAAGAAGCUGUAAUUGCAUAUUUAUUCUUGGUUAAUAUUUUGCCAAUUAUACUUAUACCCAUAAUGUGGUCGGAAACAAGAAAAAUUGCUGGAUUAUUGAAUGAUUGGAAUGAUUUUGAGAUUCUUUAUUAUCAAAUAUCUGGCCAUAGUGUUCCACUAAAAAUAAGAAAGAAAGCAUUAAUCAUUACUGUUGUUUUGCCAAUUCUUUCAAUUUUAUCGGUGGUUAUUACUCACGUCACUAUGGCUGACUUUCAUAUAAUGCAGGUUGUACCUUAUUGUAUUUUGGAUAAUUUAACGGCAAUGCUUGGAGCUUGGUGGUUUUUAUCAUGCGAAGCUUUAAGUGACACAGCCAAUAUACUUGCGGAACGUUUUCAAAAAGCUCUUCGACACAUUGGACCUGCAGCAAUGGUCGCCGAUUACAGAUCUUUGUGGCUUCGCUUGAGUAAGCUUACUCGAGAUACUGGAACAGCAACUUGUUACACUUUUACAUUCUUGAAUCUCUAUUUGUUCUUUAUUAUCACUUUAUCUAUUUAUGGCCUUAUGUCUCAGCUAUCAGAGGGUUUUGGAAUAAAAGACAUUGGCUUAGCUAUAACAGCUAUUUGGAGCAUCUGUUUGUUAUUCUUUAUUUGUGAUGAAGCUCAUUAUGCUUCACACAAUGUAAGAACUAAUUUUCAAAAGAAGCUACUUAUGGUGGAAUUGAGCUGGAUGAAUUCUGAUGCACAAACAGAAAUCAAUAUGUUCUUACGGGCUACCGAAAUGAAUCCUUCGAAUAUAAAUUGCGGUGGAUUCUUUGAUGUAAAUAGGAAUCUUUUUAAAGGACUUCUUACAACAAUGGUGACUUACUUGGUUGUGCUGUUGCAGUUUCAAAUAAGUAUUCCUGAUGGCAAGCCCAGAGGUAACAUCACUUUUGGAGUGGGCACUCUUGUAAAUGGAUCUGAUGUACUUGUGAGCUUGAUUAGUCAUUAAUGUUUUCAGAUAAAUACGUGUAUUUUUAAGGAAAAUAUUGGUUAUACAUUUUAUGU